CCGGAUGACCUUGGGCCCCGCACGUGCUGCCGGCCCGCUAAGAGCUCGGGGUCCCCCUGGAGCGCGCCUUCCAGGCUUUCUCCUAGAGGCGCUUUGUCCUGACCGCGCACCCGACCUGAGGCACGGCUCACCUGGGGCAGCUCGCGCCCCCGAAGACAGUCUCCCACGCCCCGCCCCCCGGGGUGCCUCCCUCCCAGCUCUCCGUACCCACCCACCAUCCCCCACAUCCCCUCCUCCAACCGCUACCCAAUCACCAGCCCAGGACCGCAGGGCAGAGGCCGGGCUGCGCAUGCGCACCGCGGACCAGCGCUACCUCCGCCCGCCAGCCCGCGGCCGGCCCUGGGCUGUGCGCGCAACCCCGGGAGAGCAAUGCGCGGUCGGGACCCAGUAGCUGGAGCCAGAGCCGGAGAGGCCUCGGAGACCCGGGCCCGGCGCGGGCAAGGACGCACCUGCAGGAGGCGGGCGCGGCGGCUGGAGAGGAGGCCGCGGGGCGGAGCGGCUCAGCGUUCUGCUCGGCUGCAGCGGCCCCUGCCGGAGACCCGGGCGCCGGGCAAACAGCUGGAUCACACAACUUCAGGACAGAGGAUUUUAAGUGUUGGGGUCAUUUUCCCUGAAACGAUUUCAAAUGAUGUCUCUUUAUCUAUAGGUAACCUAGCUUAAAGGAACUGCGGUUGGCCCGGGAGCUUCACUGCCCUUUGCCAAGUACCAGAGAAAGAUAAGGCCUACUAGGAACCAGAGAAAACCAGAACCAGCCACCCCUUGUUAUUUUUAGAUCAUUAAUACAUCAUUAUAUGCUCAACUCCCGACCCACAGAAGAGAAUCACCGCCAUUUUCUGACAGUGCAUUGUAUGAAGAGGCAUGUUUAUGAAAUGCACCUGUGCAUCUAGAGUUCCCUUGCACACCUCCCCACUCCACAUCUAAUGCCUUACAAUUCCCCAGCUUCCCAAAGCUCUGGAAGAUGGGGGUCUUUAACGUGAAAGUUUACUCCUUCUCCAUUCCUGGCGAGGAAUGAAACCCGCUUGCCUUUUUUUCCAGUUGAUGUUCUUUCUUCGCAACCGAGACAGAGUAGGAAAAGAACGCAAUUUACCAGUAACAGUAGAGCUGGGAUUUGAAUCUAAGUGCUUUGACUUCAAAGACAAGGUUCCAAGCUGCUACACAUACCUCUUCUCAUGAAAGUGUAUUCCAUUUCUUUUGUGCUUUCAUAUUGACCAUUGUGAGUUAAUCCUUUCAGUUGGAAGAAGAGGGAGACAGUGUCCAUUACUGCAAACUUUCAUGGUCCACAGGCCCAAUCCCAUUAUGUAGCCUUCACCACCCACAGGUUCUGCCACUUCUGGGGCAUUGUAUUCCAUCAAGAUCCAGGCACCUGCCAUCCACAUACCAGCCCUGGAACUCAUCCCUUCUCCCAGGCUUGGAAACGCCAACUCUCCCUGACCAGUGUCGAGCCACGUCCUCAUCUUGAUACAUCAGCCACUAUCCUUUCCAUCUUUCAGGCAACUCCAGCUUAAUUUCUCGAUGGCCUUGCCCUUCUGAAACAAAGGCUGUUCCCUUUUCCCAGAAUGACUUUUCCUACUCCCUCCACAUUAACUCCCCUCAUCCUUCCAGUCUCAAUUCAUUUGUCCCUUGGUGGGGCAGGAGGGCGGGCAGCCUUAAACCCUCCUCCCUCCCAACUAGGUAAAGGUCCCUUGUCUCUAAUAUAAGCACCUGUAGCACUAUGGCACUUAUCCCAGUUGAGAUUUUAAAUGUAUUUCUGUGUAUUUGAUUAAAGUUUCUCUCCUCCACCA